CUAGCCAGUCAUAUGUCGACGGGGGUGAAUUAUUUUACUGGCCAAGAAUCGCCACACGAGUAUAAAUGCCGACGGGAUCAAUGGUUUGUUCUUAAAAAAUCUUCAAACCAGGGGAAUUAAGCAGCUAAGUCUCCCAAGAUUUCGGCAGUUGAUGAAUGUGAAUCACUACAGUUUGACCAGCCUUUGUGGCUACGUGAUAGGGGCAAGCACUUAUAUGGCUUAACGUGCCUGGUUAGGCCUAGGGUUCGCAC